CUGUGCACAAACCAUUCCCCUCUCCUUCACAACCACAACAUAUCUGCUGCAAUUAUCAGCUCCGAGAUAUUUCCUGACACGAUCUCCACUACAGACAAUUGAAUCGCAGCGUCAGAUUCCGCCAUGUCUUCAGACGAAAUCGUCUGGCAGGUUAUUAACCAGCAAUUCUGCUCGUUCAAGCUCAAGACUACCAAAGAGAAGAACUUCUGUCGCAAUGAAUACAAUGUCACCGGCCUCUGCAAUCGACAAUCCUGCCCGCUCGCCAACUCCCGAUAUGCUACCAUCCGCGCAAACCCCGACUCCGGCACCCUCUACCUCUACAUGAAGACCAUCGAGCGCGCACACAUGCCCAGCAAGCUAUGGGAACGAAUAAAGCUAUCGCAGAACUAUGCGAAAGCUCUCGAGCAGGUCGACGACCGAUUGAUCUACUGGCCGAAGUUCUUGAUCCACAAGUGCAAGCAGAGACUUACGAGAUUGACACAAGUUGGGAUCCGGAUGAGGAGAUUGGCGAGAGAGGAUGAGAGAUUGGGUGAGAAGCUUGUGCCGAAGCUGGCACCUAAGGUGCGCAGACGUGAGGAGACGAGAGAGAGGAAGGCGGAGGCUGCUGCGAAGGUUGAGAGAGCUAUUGAGAGGGAAUUGAUCGAGAGAUUGAGAAGUGGUGCUUAUGGCGACCAGCCACUCAACGUCAGCGAGGCUAUCUGGAAGAAGGUCUUGAAGGGACUCGAGCGCGGUGGCGAGGGAACCAGAGACGAGGAUAUGGAUGAAGGCAUUGAGGAGGACGAGUUCGAGAACGAAGAAGAAUACGAGGAUGAGGAGGGUGUCGGUGAAGUGGAGUAUGUCAGUGAUCUGGGCGAGGACGAGGAAGACCUUGGAGAUCUCGAGGACUGGCUAGGAAGUGAGGAGGAGGCCAACACGGGUGACGAGGAUGAGGAAAAUAGCGAAAGCGAUAGCAGUGAGGAUGAUAAGUCGAAGAAGCUCCGAGCUCCUGGAAAGCGCAAGAGAGGUGUGGACCCGAAGGCCAAAUCGAAGUCCAAGACCAAGAAGCCCAGAAUGGAGAUCGAGAUCGAAGAGGAGUUCGAGGGUGCGCAGAGGGAACUGGCAUUGGCAUAGCUUUAAUCUCGGUACAUUUUCGCAAGACGCUGGGGUUACAAUUAUCUUGUGGAGUUUGGCAGGACGAAAAUGGAACUUUGAUCAUGGCAUACAAUAGCUUCUAUACAUGUGGCACGAUAGACAUAAAUGGUAGCUCGAAUCUUCUGCGGAGCACAGCUGACUUUCACGAUCCUGCAUGUGUUCGCUUGAUAAAAUAUCUCCCUAGACCGCAAAUUUGCACAUGUUCAGAUGCAAACCCAGUCGAACUAUGGCUCAAUCCGAAUAGUUCCUCGCCUUCAAGCCAAUCACUAGUGUUUAAGGAGAAAUUGUAGCUCUCACACGAUAUCUUCUGUUGGAGUGCGACGGCAUACAAUCACAAAAGAUUCUCCAUCAGGGUAACGGCUGUGUGAAUCAUGGAAGCACAUCUCAACAAGUCGGCGAAACAGACGUACAAUGUUGCACAACCAGCGCGAAGACGUCAUAAGUCUUUCACACCGUUGUGAUACUAGUUGGAAGAGGGCCGCAGCGUGGG